AUGCCUGACCAGCACCCUGAUGAUACAUUGUCCGGUGCAAAGCGCACACCAUCUUCCGAGGGCGGCGGCUCAAUCACUGUCACCAACCUAGCGACAGUGGAAACACAGCGAACGGAGUCGGUGCUUGGGAAUUGGUUACUGCGCGUGCUGCGGAUUCGAAAAGGUCCAAAUAAUGAAAUCUACGACCUUGAUGCCGUCGCCACGCAGCCUAGUAUCUGGGACUCGGACAAUGUCGAAGAGUACAAGGAACGCUACAUCCACAAAGAAUGGGAAAAUUGGUCUGCUUUCGAUCCUAGCUUCCGAUGGACAUGGAGGGAAGAAAGGGCUGUGCGACGAAAGGUAGACUGGAAGAUCAUGGUCUGGGUGUGUGUAAUGUUCGCAGCCCUCAACAUCGACCGCAAUAACAUUUCAAACGCUGUUUCCGACAACAUGCUCGACGAUCUCGGCAUUACCCGCGCGGAUUACAACAUCGGACAGACCAUAUCACGAGUCGGAUUUCUGGUCGCUGAGCUUCCUUCGCAGUUGAUCUCCAAGCGUAUUGGCCCUGAUUUAUGGAUCCCCAUUCAGAUCUGCUCCUUUAGUCUGAUCUCGGCAAUGCAGUUCUUCUUAAAGGGCAGAGCAUCCUUUCUAGCGACAAGGUACCUCAUUGCUACCAUGCAAGGAGGAUUCAUCCCUGAUACGAUUUUGUAUCUCAGUUAUUGGUAUACGGGCCAUGCUUUACCCAUUCGUCUAGCCUGGUUUUGGAUGUCGUCACAAUUGGUCGAUAUUGGCGUUGGUUUCGCUGCCGUAGGUCUCUUGUCAAUGCGCGGUAUUUUGGGAUAUGAAGGCUGGCGGUGGAUGUUCCUCAUAGAGGGUAUCUUCACGUUCCUGGUGGGACUUCUCUCUUUCUUCCUGAUGCCGCAGUGUCCGGCGCGGACAAAGAGUUGGUGGAACCCGAAAGGGUACUUUGACGAGAAGGAAGAGAAGAUUAUUGUCAACUCUGUCAUCCGCGAUGAUCCGCAGAAAGGAGGCAUGUUCAAUCGUCAAGGUCUCUCCGUCCGACAAAUCUGGGAAUGUUCAAAAGACUAUGAUAUGUGGCCUUUAUAUGCUCUGGGUCUUCUUUUCGGCAUUCCCAAAUACCCCGUGGACCAAUACUUGACGCUUUCAUUCCGCGGGCUCGGGUUCAACGUCAUCCAUUCCAACCUACUGUCGAUCCCAAAGACAGUUGGGUCCAGUAUUACUAUGCUACUCAUUACUGCAUUCAGCGAGCUGGUCAACAACCGAAGCUUUGUCUCGAUGGCAGAGGAUGCUUGGUUGCUGCCGUGUUUUGCGGCUCUGCUUGCGUUGGAGGACCCGAUCAGCGCAUGGGCGUAUUUUGCGAUUGCCACGGUACUGCUUUCUUUCCCCUAUACGCAUCCUAUCCAAGUUGCAUGGACCAGCAGAAACGCUGGUUCUGUGCAGAAUCGAACGGUUUCAGCCUCGCUAUACAACAUGUUUGUCCAGGUUAGCGGGAUGAUUGGAGCGAACAUUUAUCAACCGGCCGAUGCGCCACGAUACUUCAAAGCGAACAAGGGCCUCUUAGUGAUCUGUGUCUGGAUGUGUGUGAUUCAAUAUCCCGGAACAUUCUUCUAUUAUCGUUGGAGAAACGACCAGAAGGCCAAGAAAUGGGACGCAAUGACACUGGAAGAACAGGAGAUGUAUAGGACGACCACGACCGAUGCAGGGAACAAGCGCCUUGACUUUCGUUUUGCAACUUGAUAGGUUCACCGCUUCGUAAACGUCUAAGAUGCUGGACGCGGUGCUGCAUGUAGGUCUGCAUAAUGUUCGAGAAAGUCGCAUUUCCAGCUGUGUCAAGGCGCACGGCAUGAGACGCCUGAGUUAUGGUGAGACGGAAGUGCAUGUACGGCACGGAACGGGACGCCCCC